CUUUUUCAAUUUUAUCGUGCGAUCGACGUCGCGACUUGGACGUCGCUACGCAAAAUUAGACGAAAUGUUCUAUAAUUCUGUUAUGCGCCUCCUCGCCCUCGCUGUCUCCGUCUCUCUCUCUCUGCCCUCGCCCGUUCGGGCAAAUGGCACCGAGAGGCUCGCGCGAGGCCCGGCGUUAACCGACGCGAGAAUUAAUCGCCGGACGCCGUCCCGAAACUCGGACACCAAAGAGCGCAAGAAUAUCGACUGCGAUGAUUACGGGAAGCCCCCGUUGCGACUUUACACGUGACGCACGGUUGAUUCGAGUAGAAAAGAGAGGAGAAAAAUAAUUAAAUUUCUCCGUGUUUAGACUCGUGCACCAAUGGACGGCCCGGGCACGGUUACAUGGGAGGAAUUCCUCGAGAAUGCAGAGAGAUUUCUUGUUGUUUCAGACAAGAUAUCCGACGGAUGGGAGCUCCGCGGGGACAAGGACGUUCCCGGGCAAGCUUAUCUGGUUAGGAGGGCCAAGUGCUUCGUGCCGAGCGACUCGACUGCGGGAGAGGACGAGGCGUGCGGCGACGACGCCGACGAGUUCCACGUGAAGCUUCGGGAGGACCCGCACGAGGCUCCCUCCGCGAGCGAGAGGCCCCUCGUCGUCGAGCACCACGUUCUGUGGUCCCUCAGCUACGGCGUCCCAGUUCUCUUCUUCAACGGCUGGAAAUCAGAUUUCCCCGGUAUCAACCCGGUGAGCGUGAACGAGGCUCAAACGGUCCACGGCGCCAAAUUAAAUUACACGGAAUUAUCGCAAGCGAUUCACCCCGUCGUCGGUACGCCAUUCCUGCAAUUACAUCCGUGUCUGUCGCAGGAGUUGCUGCGCGUCAUGUCGAGGAGCAAGAACAGGCUGGUCAGCUGGCUGAGCUGCGUGGCACCGGCGGCCCUAAAUCUCAAAGUACACCCGGAAUACUUGGAACUCACCUACUGAUGCCCUCUCCACACCCAAGGAUGUUCCUGCUCGUGGCUCAUCCGGCUGGAAAAGUUUAGACGGAUACUUUAGUACGACCGUCACACCGAGGCAUGAUUUUGUAUCAUUUCACUAUGAUUUUCAACAGUUCUUACUCUCUAAAAGUCAAUCAGUGGAUCGUCACUGUUUCCGGUGAUAAUCCACUGAUUGACUUUUACAGAGUAUACAGAAAUGGCACUUAAGUCUCGACACGGCGCAUUUUUCCCGUCAUCUACUCACUUGGAUGAGUUACAAACAGACUUAUCCUUACCGUAGA